GUCCGACGCAAAGGAUGCCCCAUCGCCGGAGCCUUUGCAUCCUGAAGGCUCAAGCGUUUUGUGGAAGGACCUGGACGUCAUCGCCAAGACCCGACAGCGUGUUCGCGAGGUGCGGGAACGAGAGCGGCUCGAGAGGUUGCGGGAGGAGGAGGAGAAGGAGCAGCGAAAGAAGGAUGCCCAGGCGCAGCAUGAGGAGCGCCUUCGGCGCCAGGAGCACGAGAAGCGGCAGAGGCUCCUUGAGAGGAGGGUAGAGCAAGAGUCGAAGAUGGCCAAAGAAGCCGAAGAGAAGCGACACGACCAGGAGCGGCGGCGACAGCAAGAAGAGAGAGCCAAGUCGCUGCAGCGCCAGAUGCAGGCGCGUAUCAAGGCUGAGAAAGAACUUGCUGCAAAAGAGAAAAGAGAGCUGGAGCAGCAUGAGAAGGAACAGCGGCGGCGCACCGAAGAGGAGGCUGCCAAGCGAGCAGCUGAAGCGACGGAGGCCGCCAAGAGAAGGUUGGCGGAGCGGAAGAAGCAGCAGGACAAGCUGCGGAAGGACGAGGAGGAGGCAUCGCAGCGCGCUGAGAGCCGGGAGAGCUCCAGGAACCCCCGCGACCUCUCAGCGCAGGCGGCGCCGCGGCCUCGGGGCGACUCCGUGGAGGCUGUGGCUCGGCGCAGGGCGGAGGAGCGGGUGCGGCACCGGUCGCAGGAAAGGCGCAAGGAGGAGGAAAGGAUCCGAGCACGGGAGGCCUUGCAGAAGUGCGAAGUGGAGGAAGAGCUGCGGAGGGCCAAGGAGGAGCUCGAGGAAAGGCGCCGCUCGGCGGCCCUGCGUGCAGCCUCACGUUCGCGACGGGAGAAGGAGACAGAGGAGCGGCUUCGCCAGGAGCGGGACGAGCAGACGGCGGCUGCCAAGGAGCGGCGCCUCUUGUAUCGGAAUCCCAAAGCCAUCGCGGAGCUCAAGGCCUCGGAGCCCCAAAUGCCGCUGACCUCGGAGCAGCGCCGCUCCCACUCUCGCCGACGCCAGGCCGAGCAGGAAAAGCUCCAACGCUACGCGGAGGGCCUGCCCGUGGAGGACAGCGGCCGGCCGCCGCCGCUGCCCGGAGCCGCCGGAGCUGCCGGCGCCGGUCGGCGUGGGAGCCGCCCCAAGGCCGAGCGCUCCGGCGGUGCGAACCGGCUCUCACCGAGCUCUUCGUUGACGGAGCAGACCGGCUGCUCUGAGACGGAGUCGGUCUUGGAGCCGUUGGAGGAGCCUUCAGACGAGCACGGAGAGCCGAAGUCGGAGCCCUUCUGGCCUGGGCCCACUGAAGACCAGUCCAAGGCGCUGCCGGAACCCCCGGUCUCGGUAACUCAGCUCGAGGCUCAGGAAGCAAAUGACGUGGUGACACCAGUGGCAGAGCUGCCUCUGACGGGGCUUCCGGUGGGCAAGGUGUCUGGGCAGGAAGGGAGGGAGGUGAAGGAGGAUAUCUUGGAAGUUAGUCAAGUGCCAGAAGAGCUGGCGCAAGAGCCGGUGGAAGAACCGCUGGAGCCUGAUGAGCUGGAGGAGGUCGAGGUCGAGUCCAACCUGAGCAUCAGUUUGCACAUCCGAAUCUAA